AUGCGCGGGGUUAACUGGAAGGCGACCAUUGCGGUCGCUCUGCUGACUAGCAGCGCGUCUGCUAUCGACCUCAAUGUGAACAAUGAGGCAUCCGUCAAAAAUGCUGCGAGUCUAGUUGGGAAGAACAUCAUCUCGGACUACAACGACAGGGAUUCAAAGAACAUCCCCGGCAAAUUCGAUGGCACCUGGUUUGAGGGUGGUGUUAUGUUUGACGCUCUGAUCCGUUACUGGUACUAUACUGGUGAUGCCUCCUACAACAAUGCUGUGAGCGACGGGAUGUACUGGCAAAUGGGAGAUGACAACUUCUUCCCUUCGAAUUACAGCCAGAUUCUCGGAAACGAUGACCAAAUUUUCUGGGCUCUUGCCGCCAUGACCGCGGCUGAGCUGGACUACCCUCAGCGAUCCUUGCAGCCGUCUUGGAUCACACUGGCGGAGAACGUGUUCAACGCCCAAAUUAGUCGCUGGGAUGAGGAUAGUUGUAAUGGUGGCUUGCGCUGGCAGAUCUGGCCUUACCUGGCUGGUUAUACCACCAAGAACGCUAUCUCCAAUGGUGGUCUAUUUGAACUCGCUGCUCGUCUAGCCUUGUUCUCCAAGAAUCAGACCUACUCAGACUGGGCAGAGAAGAUUUGGGACUGGAGUGCCUCCACCCCGCUGCUGAACAAUGUCACCUGGACUAUUCAGGAUGCGACCACUUGUGAGACAGAUUGCACCGACCAUAGCAGUUUCCAGUGGUCUUUCAACUACGGAGUCUACAUGGCCGGCGCUGCCUACAUGUAUAACUUGACAGACGGCAAUACGAAGUGGAAGUCAGGUCUCAACGGUCUCCUAAACACAACCUCCAUGUUCUUCCCUUCUCACGGAUAUAACAGCGACGAUGGCACGGUCAUGGUCGAAGUCACUUGCGAGCCCAUCCAAAAGUGCGACAGGAACCAGGAUAUCUUGAAGGGCACAUUCGUCCAGGACCUUGCCCAGAUUACCGUUGUUGCCCCUUAUACCUCGUCGAAGAUUCUGCCUUUGCUGCGGGGUUCCGCGACCGCUGCUGCGAUGACCUGCACUGGGGGCUCGUCAAAGAGUAUUUGCAGCGCUCGCUGGUACGAGAAGGAGUUUGAUGAAACCGGAGGUAUCGAAGCUCAAGUGUCUGCCCUCUGUCUCUUCACGUCCAACCUGGUCACAUUCAACUCCCAUGCUCCCGCGACACAAGCCACUGCCUCGAACAGCACGGUUACGACCAGUGGAAAUGGGACCACCACGAGCUCAGGUGCUGCUGGGGCUACCACGAGCUCAGGUGCUGCUGGGGCUACCACGACCAAGAGCAGUGCCGCAAAUGUGCUCGCAAGCAGCUCUGUCGGCAUCACCGCUGCUGUUUUUGCAGCUCUUCUCGCUCUUUUCUAA